CCAAAUCAACACCGCUUUAGAAGAAGAAAGAAAAUUUUUGCAAGUACGCACUUGGUGUAAAGAAAAAGUGAUAAAAAAACGACAGCAGGAAGCAAUUAACAGUGAAAAAUAUAUAAUUUUAUAAAGAGAACGUUAUCAAGAUGCUAGCACUAAUAAACAGAAUAUUGGAUUGGUUUAAGAGUAUUUUUUGGAAAGAAGAAAUGGAACUGACGCUAGUGGGAUUACAGUUUUCAGGAAAAACAACAUUCGUGAAUGUUAUUGCUUCUGGACAAUUCGCCGAAGACAUGAUUCCAACUGUAGGCUUCAAUAUGCGUAAAAUCACCAAAGGCAAUGUUACAAUUAAAGUUUGGGAUAUCGGUGGGCAACCGAGAUUCCGAUCGAUGUGGGAACGAUACUGUCGCGGUGUGAAUGCAAUUGUGUAUAUGGUGGAUGCCGCAGAUUUGGAUAAAAUGGAGGCGUCCAGAAAUGAAUUGCAUUCGUUAUUAGAUAAACCACAGUUAGCUGGUAUACCUGUGCUUGUACUAGGCAACAAACGUGAUCUUCCAGGUGCACUUGAUGAAACUGGCCUAAUUGAGCGAAUGAACUUAGCAAGUAUACAGGACAGAGAAAUUUGUUGUUAUAGUAUUUCGUGUAAGGAAAAAGAUAACAUCGACAUAACGCUGCAAUGGUUGAUCGCACACUCAAAAAGCCAAAGCCGUUAAACAAAUAAAAAGUAAAUAAAUAAAAACGAUAUGCCAAUAGGUUACUAGUGCUGUAGAGUGCAAAAUUAAUGUGGCGUGAGCAUAUGCAUAUAUAUAUAUAUAUAAGGCAAUGAAAAUAAUAAUUUAUAAAAAAAAAAAUUAAAACAAACAACAUAAGAUGGAUAAAAUUAUAUAAAAAAACUAAAAAAAAAUAACGAUUAAACAUUUUAAAUAAAACAGAAACAACCAAAAAUUAUUCAUUGCUACACUUUGUACGAAGUAAAUGAGAUAUGUACAUGUAUACAAGUGUGAUUACGCCUAAUACAAAAUACACUAUACAUAUAUACUAGAUGAAAUUGUAUUCGAAUGGAAUGUACUGACACACAUGCAAAUAAGUAAAAUUUACUAAAACACAUUAGCAGAAGAAGACAUACAAAUAUACAUACAUAUAGCUAAAGAAAUACAUUUCCAAACGUGCAUUUGUGAUUAGGAUUUAGAUACUGAACACUAAAUUUCAAACAAAGAAAAAUUAUUUGCGGAAAAAUUUAAAUAUAUAUUAUCAAUAUUAUCAAUUCUUCUUUUGCAUUCACAUACAUGCAAACAUAGACAUAAAGUUUAACGGCCGAAUGAAAAAACUGGUAUUCGAGAGUAAAUCAAAUUUGUUGAAGAUAAAUAAUUACUUUAUUGGGAUUAUAUUUAAUGUAUGUAUGUUUAUGCUUUGGCUUAAAUCGUGCGCAUUGUCCACUCACUGUUUGUUUUGCUAACCGGAAACGAGCAUAAUUAUUCUAGGUAUCGGUGUGAUUUUAAAAUACUAUAUAUAUAUACAUAUACGUUAUUUACAACUAUUUUAUUAUUAUUUUUUAUUUCAAAAUGCUAUGAUAUUUAGUGAUUUCAUUUAAAUUUACAUAUAUUUUUAAUUCGAAUUUGUAGAUUACAAAUUUCUAUGAGCCUACAUACAUACAUAUAUACCUUUGAGCAUACGUUUAUAAUAAAUUUAAUAUUUUUCACAAUAACUAUAAGUGCAAAUUGGUGCAUAAUAAAAUUGAUUAUAAAGAAAAAAAAAUAAUAUAAAUUUGUAAACAAACUCUAAAUGCAAGAUACUGUACGAAGUGCAUUACUGCAGGAAUGAUAUCGAAAUGUGAAACACAAUAUUUGACAUUGUUUGUGGAUAUGCUAUGUAUUUAAAUACGUCAGUUUAAAAUGAAUCAAAACUCAAGAGAAAGCCUUUUUCAUGUGAAAUACAAAUACGAUACACAUAGUAUGUGCGAUAUAUAGUGUUGAAGUUUGACAUAUGAGUAGGACGUACAUAUAUACAGAUGGACUAACCGACCAUAUGUUUAAUUGAUUUAAUAAGUUUGAUAUUUGACUCAUAUUCUAAUUUCACGCAAUGAUUAUUAGUAUAGUGUUUAAAACAUGGAAAGUUCUCAAACAAUAGUAAUGCUUAAUUGAAUAAAAAAA